AUGAAGCCGGCGGCGAAGCUCAAGGACAGCUUGUCCCACACUUCUGUUGCCUCCAAACAGAGGCAUGCCAUAGACAAGCUUCGAGAGGACAACAACAAGCUCAAGGAGGAGCUCCUCCUGGAGAACAAGUUCUGUGUCCAGCCCGCCAACGCGGCAUCGGCAAUGCAGAUAUGCAAACUCCAAGAUGAGGCGGAUUUAUACACAAGAAAGAUCGAGCUGGAGAGGAGAAAGAUCGGCAUGCUGGACCAAAGGAUCGAGGACUGCCAGUCCAAGAUCAUCACGCAGCGGCGCAAGAUGGGCGGAAUCAACGCCGCGCGGGAGGGCGACCGCGCGCUGCAGAAGCAGAUCAAAAUACUGGAGAACAGGCUGGAGAAGGCGUACGUCAAGUACAACGAGGGCGUUACCCAAAACAAGCGUCUGCGCGAAAUGAUCGACAACCUGCGCCGGGAGCGCAUGAUGUUCGAGAACAUAAACCACGGCCUGGACAAGGAGCUGCACAAGCUGAAGCGCGAGAUGGCGUCCAUCAUGGAGGCCGCCAACACGGCGUACGACGCGCGGGAGCGGGCCAUAGCCGAGAUGGGCCAGCUGAAGGUCCAGGCGGACAAGGAGCAGCAGGGCUUCGAGGAAGAGUGGAGGCACCUGUCGGAGAUUAUUGACGAGGACAGGAAGGCCAGGGAGGCGCAGCGAAUGAAGGAGAUGGUGGAGCGCGAGCGAAAGACGCAGGAACUGCUGCGCUCAAGGGACCACGAAGUCCAGGUGAGGAAGAAGGCCGUCAGGGGCGCCUGGAACGUCGCCGGAAAGCAAGCCAUGGCUCAAAACAUGGCAAUGGAGAAGGUGCAGCAAUUCGGAGCGGCAUUCGAGAUGAUCCAGCAGGCGACAGGCAUCAAGGACAUCGACGAGCUUGUGAACACAAUAAUCAGCGCCGAGGACCAGAAUUUCACACUUCUGAAUUACGUGAACGAGCUGAACCAAGAGAUUGAGAAAUUGGAGGAACAGAUAUCGGAGGUACAUUCGGAGAUAGAGGUGUACAAAGGGCGGGGCCUGAGCUGCGACAACCAGCGCAAGGCCGUCCUCAAGGACCUGGAGGAGCGCCUGCGGCACACCGAGGAUCGGGCGGACCAGUACGAGCGCAGCCACGACGUGGCUUCCUGCGCGGUGGCAUCGCUGAAGAGCCACAUCUGGAAGACGUUUAACGACUUGGGGUGCAACACGGCGGCAGUUAGUGAGGUGCUGGGGGACGGCGGCAUCACGGAGGGCAACCUUAUGCAGUACCUUGGGAUCAUCGAACUGAGGGCGGCGGAGAUCCUGCAGAUUUACGCUCAUCUCAAGAUCAAGAUGGGAUGCACAUCGGAGCACCUGCAUGCCAUCCUGGGACAGGCCACAGUGGCUGGCCCUGGAUCGAGGAUUGCCAUCGAGCCCCCUUCGACCCAAGAAGACGAUCUGGACGACAGCGACAUCGAGGUCAUUGAUGACGAGAAGCCCCUUACCAGGGAAAACCUCCAGGCGCGCGUCGCAAAGUCAAUCGCGAGGAAAGGAGACAAUUUGAUCAAAAUAAGGCCCAUAAAUGUGGACAAAAAGGGCAAGAAGUAG